CACAAUGUGGCAGUUACAAGCGAUAUUGGACAAUUUCUCCAGACACACCUGACGACCUCUCGCGGCACCGGUUGAAAAACACUGCUUUAAUGUUUUAUUUUGUGUUUUUUUAACCCAAGAAUCGUACAAGGUGCGAGAUGUUCAGAAGAUCGAAAGUCACAGAGGGGACGGGCACUGGCCAAGGACCUGCUGCAGAAAAUGAAGUGGGUAUCCGAAAAAAAUCCCGUGUUCCUGGAGUGAUGAUUACGCAGUUCAUAGAGACACUGCCGGAGGGAAAAAGCCACCCGGACUUCACCCGCAAGCCAAUCGCUUUGACGAUUCAAGAAGGGAAAUUUGCGUUCUUUAAAGCUAUAGUGACUGGAGAUCCUAAACCCACGGUAGCUUGGAGCAGAAACAACGGAGAUGUAUCUGACACUUCCAAAUAUCAGAGCAAAUAUGAUGCCAACUCCAAUGAGCAUACGUUUGAGAUGCCAAAUGUCACACCAGCUCAAGCAGACACAUACAAAUGUUUUGCUACCAACGAAUUCGGACAGGCCAUGGUCACAGUUGUUCUGAAUGUUAUUGAAGUUGGCUACAAGAAAAACAAACCCCAGCAAAAUGCAACAGAACCCGUCAACGGUGGUUUUAAGAAUGUCCUAAGAAAAAGUAAAGUACGUCCAAAAUCAGAGCAAACGGAGAAAAAGGAGGGCGAGUUGGAUCCGAAAUUUUGGGAGAUGCUACUUAGCGCCGACAAGAAAGACUACGAGAAAAUCUGCGCUGAGUACGGAGUGACCGAUUUCCGCUGGAUGCUGAAGAAACUCAAUGAAAUGAAGAAGGAACGAGAAGAAGAACAAGCAGAGUUUGUCAAGAACAUAUCCAACCUGAGGCAUAUCCGGGUGAAUGCAGACGGUAGCGCAUCCUUUGAGAUUGACAUGGACCUUAUUGAACAGAGCAGCUCAAUAUACCUGUAUAAGGAUGGUGAAAUGAUACCAUACACGAAAGAGUUGGGAGACACAAUGAAGCACAGCCUGAGGAGAGUAGGGAGAAAGUAUAUUUUCAGUAUGAGGGAUCUGAUGCCAGAAGACGGUGGAUUCUACCAGUUGGACGUAGAAAAUGUGAACAUAUUUUCCACGGAUUUCAAAAUUCCCAUGGUUGAUUUCUUGGUGAAAAUUCAGGAAGUUAAGGCGAUGGAGAGAGAAGAUGCCGUAUUCGAGUGUGUCCUUUCCGUUCCCCUGGCCAAGAUUUCGUGGUUUGGCAAGAAUCUGCCCUUGGAACAAGGAGAUAAAUACGACAUUGAGGUUUCUGAGGAUAAGCUUAUUCACAGACUGGUGGUCAAAGACUGCAUGGUUGUAGACAAAGGCAUUUAUUCUGCCUGUGCGGGAAUAAAAUCAUGUAAUGCCUGGCUCGUAGUUGAAGCUGAUAAAGAUGCAGAUCAGGGCAAGAAGUCGGUGAGGAAGACAACAAAGGCGGGGGGCUCCGGUAUCGACCUGCAGAAGGUGGCUCAGGAGCAACACGAAAAGCUAGAGAAAAAGAAAGAGGAACUGCAAGAACAAAUCAAAGCUGCAAAAGAAACUGAACCCCCACCCGAACCCCCCAAACCAAGAAUCGGUAAUCCGGCAGUUGUGACCCCUGCUAGACCAGCUGUGAAGGCGGUGAGAAGAAGCGGAAAUGAGAAACCAGCAGAUGCGCCCUCUCAUAAAGCAGUUGUGGAGGCAGGAGGCAGUGAAAUGAGUGAACUGGCACCAGCAGUUGCAAAUGAGCCUGUGAUCACCUGUGGACUCUCUGACAUGUACUGUCUUCGUGGAAAGUCUGCUGAACUAAAAGUCAUCAUGAACAUGGACUGCGACGGCACCUGGUUUAAAGACGGAGAGCCACUAAACUCCAGUCCCGUGAUCAGCAUAAGCAAAGAUUCCACCUAUCAAACGCUGACUUUUCAAAACUGUCAAAAUGAGGACUCUGGCGUCUACCGCUUUGUGUCAGGAGAUCAGAGUACGCAAGGAAAGGUCAUCAUUGGAGAUGUACCGGAAUUUGACCCAGAUGACCUUCAGAAGUUCUCUAAGCCUUUGACAGUGAGAGUGGGCCAGAAUGCCACGUUCAAGAUGCCCUUUGCACCUCAGGAGGCCUUGAUAGUUAACUGGUCUAAGAACGGCACAGAGGUCAAAGAUGGAGGAGGAGUGAAAAUUGUGAAGGAGCCCAAUCACAGUCGGCUGCUAUUCAAAGACUGCUUACGGGCAGAUGCAGGGGAAAUUAAAAUCCAACUUAAAACCCCAUUCGGGACCGCGGAGGCCACCUCACAGCUUUUUGUGCUCGAUCGACCGGGUCCCCCAGAGGGCCCGGUGGAAACAGUCGAGACCACUUCAUCUGUCAUUGCGAUCGAAUGGAAACCUCCCAAAGAUGACGGUGGUUCCCCCGUUACUAACUACGUCCUCGAACGCCAGCAAACAGGCCAAAGUUUGUGGACUCAACUCGGGCGCGUGUCUGGUGACAAGACCUCCUUCAGGGACAGAAAUGUGACCCACGGGAAGAAGUACAGCUACCGCAUCUACGCAGAGAACUCAGAAGGCCUCGGCGACUCCCUGGAGACGGCUGAUAGCAUUAUGGCUGGCAUCAUGAUACUUUCUGGGCCACCGGGUGCCCCCAAAGUGGUCUGCGCUUCAAAGACCUGUAUCACGCUGAUGUGGAGCCCGCCCGAGGACGAUAGGGGAGUGCCCGUCAUCGGUUACCAACUGGAGAAACGGAAAAAGGACACAAACCAGUGGAUUUCCUUGAAUGCAGUGAAUGAACCGAUUGAAGAUGUGAACUAUGCAGUUAAAGACAUCACUGAGGGAGCAGAGUACGAGUUCAGGGUUCUCGCAAUUAAUGAGUCUGGAGCCGGGGAUCCGAGUCCUCCGUCUGCAAUGGUGUGUGCAAAGAAUCCCAACAUGAGGCCUUACUUCAAAGACCCAGAGGACUUCAUUGUUGUCAGAGCAGGAAAUUCAGCACGUGUAAAAAUUCUCUAUGAGGCUGAACCCCCACCGGAGAUCACAUGGCUAAAAGACGAUGAACAGCUACCCGAUUGGAUAAAAGUUGUCAAUUCGGAAGGAAUGUCCCAGCUUGUUAUUCCUUCAUCUAAGCGCUCAGACUCCGCCAUCUACACGAUCAUAGCAAAAAACUCAGUCGGGCAGGCUUCCUUUGACGUUGAAGUUAGAGUUACAGAUGAACCCAAGAGCCCAGGGCCAGUGGAACUUGAGCAAACUGUCCAUGGAAGAGUGCUGAUAACAUGGGCUCCGUCACCAGACCAGGAACUGGACGACAGACUUUAUUAUGCAGUGGCUCAACGGGACUCCAACACCAGAGUGUGGAAAACCAUAGCGGACCGCCUCUUCACAAACACCUACACAGUUAGCAACAUCCUUCCCGGGCUGGAAUACCAUUUCCGGAUCUUUGCCAAGAAUGACAUGGGACUCUCUGACCCGUCACAGUCUCCAACGUGGGGAGUCAAUAGAAACAGAGUUCCAAUCACACACAAAGGAAGCAAUUCAACACUUAUCAGCUUUGAGAGGCCUCCAUCCAUCUUGGUUCCUUUGAAGGUCCAUGCACCACCUAAAGGUUACCAGGUCUACAUGACGUGCGCCGUUCGAGGCUUCCCAACGCCCACAGUGUCCUGGUUCCUCAACGACCAAUGUAUCAGCUCAAACAGCAACUACUAUAUUACCAACUCCUUCGGUGUAUGCUGCCUGUACAUCCUCAGAGUGCGACCAAAGGACAGCGGUGAAUACAAAGUUGUUGCGGUCAACUCAUUUGGCCAAGCUGAAUGUUCAACAAAACUCAUUGUUCGAGAAUAAUCGAAACCGAAAACAGGAUCUGGGAUGUUGAGGAAAAUCGUAAGAAGGAAUCUGAAAUAAUUCAAUUGUUAUCUUAUUUAUUUUAAAAUAUUACAAAUUGCGAGAAAUGUGUCAGGAAUAAG